AUGUCUGCCGCAGCCGCUCUGCAGGCCCGCCUCAAGGAGCUGUCCGUUGCACUUGGUCAGCUCCAGCCUCUUGUCGACCGUCUUCGCAAUUUCACAACUUCGGUUGGUCAAGGGGAUGAGGCGCGCUUGGAACUCGGCGCUGAGAUCCACUCGCAAUUAAAAGAUGCGGAAGCAGAGUUGGAGCUCUUGCGUGUGGAUAUCGAGGCAUUGGAUCCUGGGUUCGAUGGGAGGAGGAAAUCUGCAGCUACUGGUGGGAAUAAAGAAGUCGAGAAGGAGCGGACUGUAGCGAUGGCCGGGAGAUUGGCAGAGGAGUUGAAAAGAACACGAGCUGAAUUUCGGACAGCUCAAUUACAAGCCAAACGAAAUGCGGAGCUAGCCAAGCGCAAAGAGCGCGAGUUGUUGCUGAUGAGGUCGCAUUCAUCCUCCGAGAAGCGGAAUCAAUCAGAGAAACUCACGCAGGAUGACCUGGUGUUGAAUGCCUCUAACGACGUGACUGCUGCUCUGCGCCGAACUCACAGGUUGAUGCAGGCCGAGCUGUCUCGGAGCCAGUUUGCCCAAGAAACCCUUGAACAAUCUACCGCCGCCAUCUCUUCCCUAUCAGAAUCGUACAGCAGCCUUGACACGCUUCUUGCCAAUUCGCGCAGCCUAGCCAACUCUUUGCUUCGUUCUCAAAAAUCGGACACAUGGUACCUCGAAACCGCGUUCUACAUUCUCGUCGGAACCAUUUCCUGGCUUAUUUUCCGUCGCGUGCUUUACGGCCCUAUGUGGUGGCUGGUCUGGCUUCCGGUGAAAUUAAGCAUGCGAUUCAUGCUCACCAUCUUGGCGGCUCUUGGAAUGUCGAAGGGAAGAAGCGAACUCGUACCAGAAUCGAUGCCAAGCGAUAUCACAGCAACGAUCCACCAGGCCGCGACUGCCAUGACAGGAGGACCUGUCCCCAUCGUUGACGAUAUUCUGGACCAUGAUCAGGAUGAUGAUGCCGAGCAAGAUAGACUCAUUGAUCGUAUUGGGCACAUGGUUGAAAAUGGUAAUUGGGAUGGGACUGAUCUAAACGAAGAUUCGCUUGAAGAUCUGAACAGCCGUGAAGAUGUUGUUCCUAACUCGAAGAAACGGAUGUAUGAGGAGGAGCCUGUCCGGGAUGAGCUCUGA